AAGUCACUUUGAUGUUGUACCAAUAGAUGUCUGGCUUAAAUAACUAAAUUAACUUCAUAUGUAACUUUGAAAGGACUACGUUUUCCCUCUCUCUUUUUUUUUCCUUUUUUUUUUUGUGAUUUAAUUUCUUUCAUGGGUAAUCAGACUUCGCGAUUAGAUCGAAGUAGUUCAUCUGCAACAAUCAAUGAUGAUCCUUGUCUUGACAACAUGCGCCAGUGGCACACCAACAAAAAAGACGAGCCUUAUAAACGUCAAUACCCUUUACCAACAAUAGCCAACGAUCAUAACCGUAUCAAACCAAGAAAGCAAUCAUCACCAGCGGCCGUUACUUCCUUAAAUAUUAACCACAGGAAGGCAUUUUCACGAUUUUUCAACAGGCAUAACAAAAAUAGUUUACCUCGGAAUAACAGUUGUAUUGAUACAUCAACGCCAUCAACUGCAGCUGCAGCAACAACAUCAAUCCCUAAUAAUACCCUUAAUUUAACAAGUACUAAUAAUAAUAAUAAUAAUUCACCUAAUAAUACCAACACGAACUCGUCCUCCUCCUCAUUUAAUUCGCAACAACCUCAUUACAUUCACCCAUUAGCACCUCCUUCCAUCAAGUCUAUUGACAAAAGACCAUGUCAGCAGCUUCCUUACGAUAAUGAAUCCUUCUCUAGACAGAGUUUAGAUAUGUCUUCUCGACGGUUAACCAACAGCAAUAGAAACAGUUUAAAUUAUACUCAACUCAAGUUGUUAACGCAACAGCAGCAAGUAAAUUCGUAUAAGUUGCAGGGUAAACGAAAAUAUCAUCAAGUCACUGGUUCAAACUAUUUGCUACCUUGCGAUGAUGAAGAAAUUGAUCGUCUGCAUCUACAGCAUUUCAUGAUUCGAUUUGCUAUUCAAGGAAACUAUUUGGCACCUGUCAGCGAAGUCCUAAGAAAAGGAGGUCGUGUAUUGGAUGUUGGUUGUGGUCCUGGUUCUUGGGCAAUGGAAAUUGCGGGUGAGUACCCUAAAUCAACCGUGAUUGGUGUGGACAUUACACCUAUCUAUCCGAAAGAAAUCAAGCCAACAAACUGUGCUUUUUAUCAAUGCAAUAUCUUGAAUCCAUUACCUUUUGAAGAUAACACGUUUGAUUAUGUGUUCAUGAGAUUUAUGGGUCAAGGUGUUGAAUCCGAUAAAUGGUCCAAUAUAUUAGCUGAGUUAAUCCGAAUCUUAAAACCCAAUGGUUGGAUUGAAUGGGUAGAAGGCGAUGUCGAGAUUCACCGCCCCGGACCUAGUACGCAUGAGUUCAAUGAACAAUUAAUCCAUCUUAUGAAGGAAAACGAUCAAGAUCCACACAUUGGCAGAACAUUAAAGGAACGAUUGUUAAAUACGGGUGAAUUGAUGCAAGUAUCUUCCAUGUUUGUUUCUUGUCCAGGAGGACAAUGGGCAGGAAAACUUGGACAAUUAACUAUGCAAUCUUGGAAAGCCUAUUACCAAGCACUUCGUCCUUUAUUAUCUGAAUCAUGGGGUAUUUCUACUUCUGAAUACCAUGAACGGUUGCAAACCUGCUGGAGAGAAGCGGAUGAGUACAAGACAUUUGAAAACGUUCACUUUUCAUACGCUCAGAAGAGACCAUUGUCCACUUCUUGUGCAUCUUCAGUCAAAUUUGGUCCAUAACAGAAAAAAAAAAAAAAAACAAAAUUAUUAUAAUAAACUUGAACAAAAUUCAUUGGCU